AUGGCAAGAUGGGCAAUCGAACUAUCGGAAUACGAUAUUGAGUUCAAAAGCCGGACGAGCGCCAAGUCACAAGUUCUAGCCGACUUCAUCGUAGAAAUCCCACCUGAGCUCGCAACUCAAGAGGACGAGCAAAUCCUCAAAUGGACACUGCAUGUCGACGGAUCGUCCUCCAGGCAAGGAGCAGGCGUCGGCAUCCGCCUCGUCUCCCCGACAGGCGAGAUUCUCGAACAAUCGCUCAAACUCGGUUUCCCAGCGUCCAACAACGAAGCCGAAUACGAAGCGAUUAUUGCCGGACUUCGUCUCGCCGAAGCAGUCGGAGCAGAACACGUUCGUGCGUUCUGUGACUCUCAGCUCGUCGCUAAACAAUUCAGCGGUGACUACGACGCAAAAGACGAUCGCAUGGACGCAUCCCCCGUUCCGAGAAUUCCGAAGCCGACGCACUCGCAGCCUUGGCGUCAAAAACCGAAUCAGCACUGCGACGGGUCAUCCCGGUCGAAACCAUCGACGAACCAAGCAUCAAACUCCCCAAGGGAACCGUCGUCAUGGCAAUCUCACAAGAAGAAGAAGAAGACGAAAACCUCACUGAUGACGAGUCAGCAGAACACAAAUCAUGGCAGGAUGAAAUCAGAAAUUACCUCAUCAACGACGCCGUGCCAGAGGAGCGAUGGGCGGCCCGCCGCCUCCGACGAAAAGCAGCUUACUACUUCUUACGCAACAACGAGCUUUUUCGCUGGAGCGCAAACAAAGUCAUCCUGCGAUGCUGCGACGAAGCACAAGCUAAGAGCAUCAUGGUCGAGACCCACGAGGGAGCAUCAGGAAACCACGCCGGCGGAAGAUCACUCGCUUUAA